CAAGCACUAGUUGAAACCAAUUGCAUUAGACCAUUCGGCAUUCCCCUGUUUAAACUUUAAACACAGGCACGAAACACGCACUUAAAAACACAUAAUCCCCACGAAAAACACGCACACAACAAUGGGAGAAAUAUAUGAGCACCGCCCAAGUUUCUCGUCUCUGAACCCGCCGAUGAUUCGUCACCGGCUAUCAUCGGCCUCCAUUUACUCGCCGGAACACCCGUCGGGAAUCUCGACGCCGCCGCUACAAAUGUCGGCCUCAGUCCCAUUCAAGUGGGAGCAGGAGCCCGGAAAGCCCCUACCCGGCGCCGGCACCGUCGCCGGACCCAAAUCCGCCAGGUUCCUCGACCCUCCUCCCUGCAGAAUCCAGCCGACGAUGGACGGCGCCGCGAAAACGCCCUCUCCGUCGUCGAUCCUCGACGGGCCCUACAACGUGGGCCGGCCCAAAUUCUCGUCUUCCAGAUUCUCCAGGGAUGGCCCGGAACCGUCGGAUUUGGUCGCUGGCCGGAAGAGCACGGGGAGAAGGAUUUUGGGCAAAGUGAGGGGCGGUCAACGGGAGGUCCUGGACGGGGGCAGUUUGGGGUUUUCAUCGUCGUCCAACAGCAGCUUUGAGAGUGGCGAGGAAGGGAAUGUGAGUAAGAGGAUGGAGAGAAAGCUGAGAAGGCAUAAUAGCUUUUCCAGUGCCUCUCAUGGUAAAUCAUCUUCACAUGUCUGGAAAAUCUCAAAGAGGCUACUAUAUGCGAAGGUUUUAAACACGUUAUGCAUUGGAAGACUAGUAAGAAAACACACUAACAAGGCAAAGACUGAAGAAGCCACACUUUCUCUUACCAGCCGCGCAUCCAUUGUAAAAUUUACUGAACUAUGCAAAGAAGAUUUGUGCAACAUUAAUACAUUUUGAUUUUUUUGGUGUAAACAACCGUUGAAGCUGUUGCCUCAGGAAAGCAGAGCUAUACCAUUUUUUUUUAUUUUUUUUUUUUUUUUANUAUAAGCAUAGCUAUACAUU